UGACUUCACUCUUAUCAUGUUUAGUUCUGUGGUUGGCUGACAGGGCAUACCGGACAAUCUCUAUUAAAUUGUCAAAUAUAAAUUGAACAAUAUCUGAUUGUAAUAAUGUCUAAAUUUGAUAAAUGACAAUCAUGUUAUGUCAGUCGGGUAAAAUUAAUUGCAAUAAUUAGACAAGUUUAUUGUGUCAGCACAUAAUAAAAUAUGCAUAUAAAAAAAUUUUCCAGUUAAAUUCGAUAACACAAGUGGAUAGGUAUUGAAAAACAGAAAAACAAUGACUAACUGUUCAGAUUAAAAACACCAUUGUGUAGUAAAAAAACAACUGGACUGUAAGUAAGUAAACACUGUGCAAAAUGCCUGGAUUAAUCACAGUCAGCGAUUUCGUAGAAGAAUCCAGAGAGGAUUAUAACUCUCCUACAACCUCAACUUUCGUGUCCAGAAUGCCACAAUGUAGACAAACUAUUACUGCACUUGAAGAGUCUUUGGACUUCGACAGAGAUGGAUUGAAUAAACUGAAGAAGGCUAUCAAAGCUAUUCACAAUUCAGGAAAUGCGCAUGUUGAUAAUGAAGUUUACCUGGGUCGUGCACUAGAAAGAUUAGGUGACGCUGCAUUAAAAGAACAAGAACCUGACAUUGGCGCUGCUUUUCUAAAGUUUGCUGUUGUAACCAAAGAACUCAGUGCAUUGAUGAAAACAUUGAUGCAAAACAUUAAUAAUAUUGUAAUGUUUCCAUUGGAUACAAUACUAAAAGGAGAUUUAAAAGGUGUUAAAGGAGAUCUUAAACGCCCUUUCGAUAAAUCGUGGAAAGAUUAUGAAGUUAAAUAUGCAAAAAUUGAAAAAGAAAAAAAACAGCAUGCAAAAGAAGCUGGUCUUAUCAGAUCUGAAGUUACAUCUGCUGAAAUUGCUGAUGAAAUGGAGAAAGAGAGACGCCUUUUUCAAUUGCAAAUGUGUGAGUACCUAAUAAAAAAUAAUGAAAUUAAAACGAAGAAAGGUAUUGAGUUAUUGCAGCACUUGGUCGAAUACUUCCACGCACAAACAAAUUACUUUCAAGACGGGCUUAAAACUAUAGAGCAUUUUGGUUCUUAUAUCACCGAUCUUAGUUCAAAAUUACAGAAAAUUAGGCAAACUCAAGAUGAAGAAAGGAAAAAGCUUAUAGAGUUAAAAAAUUUACUGAAGAGUUCAGGAUGCGAUAAAGAGUUAAAUGCUAAUGCAAAUCUGGGGUAUUCUUUACAUCAACUUCAAGGCGAUAAACAACAUGGAGUUACUCGUUCAGGACAUCUUUUAAAAAAAAGUGAUGGAAAAAUGAGACGAGUUUGGCAGAAAAGAAGGUGUGCCAUUCAAGCAGAGGGCUUUUUAGACAUCUGUCAUGCAGACGAAAAUAAACCUCCAACUAGAGUAAAUUUAUUAACAUGCCAGAUAAAAGUGGUACCUGAUGACAAAAAAGGUUUUGACCUUAUAAGCUAUAACAGAACAUACCACUUUCAAGCGGAAGAUGAUGUAGAUCAACGAGCUUGGAUGUCCGUUCUAGUCAACUGUAAAGAAAGAGCUUUAAUGAGGGCUUUUGACGCUAGUGGUCGAUCAGAAAGUUGUCAAGGAAAUCCUAGUUUAGUUGAACUACAACAAGCAAUAAUUCGUUGUGUUACACGAUUACCCGGUAACGAUCAAUGUUGCGACUGUUCGUCUCAAAAUGAUGCAACAUGGCUGUCUACAAAUUUUGGCAUCAUCGUGUGUAUCGAAUGUAGUGGAAUUCAUAGAGAUCUUGGUGUACAUAUAUCGAGAAUACAAUCGUUAACUUUAGACAAUGUUGGUACUGCUCAAUUACUGUUAUCAAGAUAUAUGACUAAUCAAGCCUUUAAUGAAAUUAUGGAAGCAACUCUUCAUCCAAACCUUAAGCCCACUCCCAGGUCAACUAUGGAGGAACGAUACGAGUUUAUUAGAUCAAAAUACGUAGACAAGAAAUAUGUAACUAACACUUGUGCUGAUGAUAAAGAUCUUCUAUCAGAUUUAGAACAUGCCGUUAAUAAUUGUGAUCUACAGCAAUUAUUACAAGUUUUUGCUGAAAAUGUCGAUCUAUCAGCAUCUCUUCCAACCUCUAAUACGAAUGAAACUGCACUGCACUUAGCCGUCCUUCGUGAAUUAGGAAAUAGUCUAUACAUAGUAGACUUUCUCAUCCAAAAUAUGCCAGCCGGUGGAAUUGAUAAAACAACUGUCGAUGGAGAUACUGCAUUACAUUUAUCCGCACGUCAUGAUAAAGCUGAAGCUAUGAGAUUACUUCUUAGAGCAGGUGCAGAUUCUACGCUUCGAAAUAAUUUGGACAAAAGUUCUAUAGAAAUAGCCCAAGAUAUGGGUCAUCACACAUGUAAAGAACUAUUAAGUCAUGCUGUACAACGACAAAAGUCUUUGUUUGAUAAUGUGAAUAUUGAUUGGAAUCUUUUACAUGAUGAAGGAUCCACUGAUUUUUCUGAUGAUGAAACAAUAAUUGAAGAUAGAUUAUAUCGACCUCCGAAUGGUACUCUAACGCCAGAAAAAAAAUCUAGAAGUCGACCACCAUCAUAUGCAGGUGGAGGAAGUACAGGAACUGGGGACUCUCCAAUUACUUUGCGAAGUCGAAGUAGUACUUGUGACAGUUUACAAAGUGGUUCAUCACCAAAUUCUUGCAUAAUCAAACAGCAAAUGCCAACACCACUUCCAUCUCAAGUAAAAAAAGCUGUUGUAACGGCUUCAAUACCAAAAGAUGUCUUACUGAAUUUACAUGGUUCUUUGAAAAAGCGAGUAGCGCCACCGCCUCCACCAAUAGGGUCUUCAUUAACUCCUUCUCAUUAUGGAACUCUGCCAGUCUCUGCACCUUUAUCAGGCACAUCACACAAUCGAACAACCAGUGAACCUAUUUUGGCUGGUCAUUCCAUGCACACUUUUCCUCAUUGUUUGAAUACUUUUAACUACAAACAUAAGAGAUCGCCAUGUGGAGAUUCUUCUUCCGAACAUGGUUUGGAGAAAAUAAAUACCUCUACACUACAACGGCCAAAAAAUCCUCCUCCUCCAGCUCCUACUUUGGCAAGCUCUACAAGAUUUGGUAGCAGUCGCAGUAAUGAAUCCUUAAUUUCUUUGUGUCAAGAUCACGGAUUAAGUAAUCUACAAACACGCAAGCCUCUAAUGGUGUCAAAUUUAGGAAGCUUAAGACGUUGUCGAGCCUUAUAUGACUGUGAAGCAGAUAACGAAGACGAGUUAUCAUUUCGUGAAGGUGAUAUAAUUUUAAUAAUAAACGAACAAACUGAUGAUGACAACUGGAUGGAGGGUGUCCUAGAACGAGCACCGGAAAGAAGUGGAAUGUUUCCUAUAAGUUUUGUACACGUUCUUCAAGAUUAAUCUUCGUGAAAUUUAUUUAAAAAAUCUACUAUAAGAUUUUGUAGUAAAGUAAACUUACCAAAUAUAUGAUUACCUAUAAAUGAAUAUUAAAUGUAAUUAUACCAACUAUUGUUAAAAAGUUACCAUUUUAACUGUUUAAAGUUAGUCUUUGAACCAUGUCGACACACAUAUGUACAUUGAAGUUAUAUAUAAUUUUAACUGCAAUUUACGAAAUAAUAGCCUUUUUGUCGUUUAUCGUAAAUACCUCAAAUCUAUGUGUCAAACAUAUGCCUACAAUUUUAUUCGCUUAUAUUUGAAAUUUUAAUGACAAAUGUAAAUCACAAUAUAGCAUCAAACUACUAUUAUUUACAAAAAUUUUUUAGAGAAAUAAGUUUUCUUUAUAUUUAUUUAAUGAAAAAUAAAGUGUAUGAUUGUGUUCAUUUUACA